AACCACUUUAAAUAGUGCGUCGCAUCGACUGCAGCGGCUCUUGAUACCCUGCGCGUAUAGCAGCAGUCGCAAAUCGUCCAGCAAAAAUGGGGUUUAAGACCUGGAUUCAUGAUACUAACCUGCGGGUUGCGCGCAGCCCCGUGGGGAGAUGGUUUCGUCUGGAGAAUUCCGGCCACCCGUUGGAGAGGAAGGGCAGCUUCUUCUUUACUGAGCUUCGCGCCGGCUUGGCCACAUUCUUCGCGAUGGCCUAUAUUAUCUCCGUGAACAGCACUAUUACUUCGGAGUCUGGUGGAACAUGUGUGUGCCCGGCCGAGAGCAUGGCUGACCUUUGCGCAACCAACGCCGAAUACUUGAUUUGCGUGCAGGAAGUUAAGCGCGACAUCGUUACCGCGACAGCAGCUAUCGCCGCCCUCUCGACAUUCUGCAUGGGUCUCUUUGCGAACUUGCCUAUUGCGCUGGCUCCCGGAAUGGGUCUCAACGCCUAUUUCGCAUACACCGUCGUCGGGUAUCACGGUUCCGGUCUUAUCCCAUACAAGGUUGCUUUGACUGCGGUUUUCGUCGAGGGUUGGGUCUUUUUGGGCCUGACGUUGAUCGGUAUGCGACAAUGGCUUGCGCGCGCACUUCCGGCUUCUAUCAAGCUUGCGACUGGUGUCGGUAUUGGGCUGUAUCUUGCUCUCAUCGGCUUGACUUAUAGUGCCGGUAUUGGACUAGUCCAGGGUGCCUCGGACACUCCCAUUGAGUUGGCAGGAUGCGCAUCACAGUACUUCGACGAGAAGACUGGGUUGUGUAUGAGCAGCCAGAAGAUGCGCAACCCUACUAUGUGGAUCGGUAUUUUCUGCGGUGGUUUCGUGACUGCGCUGUUGAUGAUGUACCGGGUGAAAGGCGCGAUCAUUAUUGGAAUCCUGCUUGUCUCGAUCAUUUCGUGGCCGCGUACCACUCCAGUGACAUACUUCCCUUACACGGAACUCGGAACUAGCAUGUUCGAUUUCUUCAAGAAGGUCGUUACUUUCCAUCCUAUCACACACACUUUGGCUGUGCAGGAAUGGGAUAUUUCUGGCCAUGGCGGUCAGUUCGGUCUUGCUUUCAUCACUUUCCUGUACGUCGAUAUUCUGGACACUACUGGCACUAUGUACUCCAUGGCCCGAUUCGCCGGCGCCAUUGACGAGCGUACCCAAGAUUUCGAAGGCAGUGCCAUCGCCUACAUGGUUGACGCUAUUUCUAUCUCAAUCGGCUCCCUGUUCGGUAGUCCGCCCGUAACCGCCUUCGUCGAAUCCGGUGCUGGAAUUUCGGAAGGCGGCAAGACAGGCUUGACCUCGUGCAUGACCGGCUUCGCAUUCUUCAUUGCCGUGUUCUUCGCACCGAUUUUCGCUUCAAUUCCACCAUGGGCAACCGGCUGCACUCUCGUCAUUGUCGGCGCUCUGAUGGCCAAGGCAGCAGCCGACAUCAACUGGCGCUACUACGGUGAUGCGAUCCCGGCAUUCCUUACCAUCGCUAUCAUGCCCUUCACCUACAGCAUUGCCUACGGUCUUAUCGCUGGUAUUCUGAGCUAUAUCAUUCUCAACGGCAUUGCUUGGAUUCUGGAGAAGGUCAGUGGUGGUCGCAUUGUCCCACCAAACAAGGAUGAGUCCGAUCCUUGGUCAUGGAAGGUGCCUGGCGGCUUCCUUCCUCCUUGGGUGAAGCGUGCUGCUAGUGGGAGGAAGGACUUCUGGCGUCGCGAUGAGGAGCGCGCCGCUUCCGAUGAACUAGAAUCCAUUGGUUCAUCCAAGGAGCGAGUGGCAGCUGAGAAGGGUUCAAACAAUGCCGAGGAGCCCACAACAAAAGCGCUGUGAGGGAAUACACUUGGUGAGAGCGCUUAUUACCAUGCAGUCAGUGUAGCAUACAUUUAGAAGUAUAUGGUAUCAUAGUUGUAAAUAAUUCAUUAUUUUGAGUACUUGAUGGUCUCUUUUGUGGGGUAGCUAAGUAAAUGUUAAUUAU